GAGGAGCUGCUGCGCGCGCGGAAGGCUGCGAUAGCACAGGAGGUGGGCAAGCUCACCGACAAGGUGGUGGCGGCAGCCCGGGAGAACGUGAGGCUCGAGCAGGACGUGUCCACCCGCGAGGCCGUGAUGGAGCAGCUGGAGGCCCGCGUUCAGUCCGUGGAGUUCAGCAAGGCUCAGCUCGAGGACCAGGUGGACCUCGCCAGGAGAGAGAAGAGGAGGCUCGAGGGCGAGAUCGCUGCGAGGGAGGCCGCCUUCGAGGAGGUGCAGGAGCAGCGGCGGCUCGUCGGCGGCCAG